ACACCCAAAAAAUCAACCAAAAUCCUGAAAAACAAUUUUAGCUACCGCCAACCACUAACCCCCUCGUCACCGCCAUUGUUUCUGCACUCAUCACCACCACUACCACACAUAUGUCGUAUUCUCUCUUGUCAACCCCAUAACAACAGCAUCAACAAUAUUUUUAUGGGGAUUCAGUUUCAACAAAGCAGUCCUCUUUUCUCUCAACAUAAACAGCAAAAGUUUCAAGCACAACCACCUGAUUCUGGAGAAAUACAGUACCAACAGAUUAUUAGGUGGUUCUUGCGUUGCAUCUCACUAGAGUUUCCAGGAAUCGGAGACCAAUCACCGGAACCAUUAUCGUCAUUACUAACACGAGCAAGAUUAAAAUAAGUUAUAAGUGUUGUUUGGUUAAGUGUUGUUCUUAUUUGUGUUGAAAUUUGGGUUCAAUUCUGAUGUUUAUGUUGUUAGUUAUGGUAUUAAUGUCUUCUAAAUUUGGUGAGAUGGAUUUUGCUAGACAAGUUUUUGAUGAAAUUAGGGAGGCAAAUGUGGUUCGUUGGACUAGUUUUGUUUGUGGUUAUUACAGUAAUGGAUUUGUUAGGGGAGCACGUGAGGUGUUUGAUAAAAUGCCUGAAAGAAAUGAAGUUUACUGCAGUGCAAUGGUUUCUGGGUAUUGUUCAGAAUAGUUAGUCUAGUGAGGGAAUUUGAGUUGUUUCAACUGUUGAAAAGUUUUGGUAAUGUGAAGUUUAAUGGGUCUCUUUUGGUUAGUGUUCUUAAUGCCUGUGCAGCUAUAGGUGCGUUUUAUGUUUUAAGUUCAAUUUAACAAAUAUAUUUAUGUCUUGCUUGAAUUUUCAAGCAUGAUAAAUACCAAAAAUACCCGAAACUAAGCCUAAGCUGAGUCAGCAUUAAGACUAAUCAACUGGAUUGUAAAGUCAGUUACAAAUGGCGGGAAAACCCAAUUUAUAAAAUCAACACACAGUAGCUGUAACGGCUAAGCUGCACACUUCUUGGAGUUUGAUUGACCUUCUGUUACGACACUUUUUGUUGAUCUAACGGCUAUCACAAUUCUUGGAAAUCCACCUGAGAAAAAAAAACUUCCAGAUACGUGUCAGCCAUCCAUCAUAAGAUGAGAAAUAAUCUGACGGCUACUGGAGUUUAUAAAUACCGUUACCUAUUGGCUAAGUGGGUUCAAGUUCAAGAUCAAGAAAAGCUUUAUAAUAACCGCAACAGUUUCAAUCAAGAAUCAAGAAAGCUUUUCAAAAACUCAUUAAUUUCUUUCUUCUUUCUUUUCCGGGAAAAUGGAUUAUCUCCGUCAACUCUUUCGCGUUGAUAGUAUUGUUGAGAUAAACAUAAGAGAUACACAAUACUAUCCAGCCAAGAUUCUUCAACUAAUCGGAGACGGACACACCUACAAGGUACAGUACUUGGCCUGUUUCGCCGAUCAAGAACUCACAACGCCGCUCAUUUCAGUGGUUCCCGUGUCGGCUAUGAGGCCUCUUCCGCCGCUGUUGACUGAUCGGACUUUCAAGGUGCAAGAUAUUGUGGAUGUUAUGCUCAGAGGCAAUUGGAUCAAAGGAUGUUAUAUAGCAACAUUAAGAGGUCCUCCUGAUCAGUACGUUGUAUUUGUGCCUGAGCAUGGCAACAUUUUCUCCUAUCAGAUUCGGUUUCAUGGCGAUUGGCUGGCCUUCCCGGUUUAUGGGUUUCCAAUUAAAAACGAACAUGGUAAACUACCGGGUCUGUGGGUCCUCCCGAUUUCUCUAAGGCCUCCUCAACCAAAUGUUCCUCAAAUUGCUGCUGCUGAAGAUAACCAUAUGAGAAGAGAGAUGAACUUGGCGACUGAACACCAACAAGAUGAGGCUUAUGACAACAGCGGAGCAACAUGGUGGAGACGAGAAUUACUCGGACAAGGAGCCUAUGCCUCUGUUUACUUGGCCACAUCAAGAAAUCAAAUGCAUCCUCUAACUAUGGCCGUCAAAUCUGCCCUGGUGUCCAAGUCAAGUUCGCUGCAGAGAGAAAAACAGAUUUACGACAAUCUUAACGGGUCGUCUCCUUAUGUCAUUCAAUGCUACGGUGAAGAAACUACUUCCAACAACAAAGGUGAAACUUUUUACAAUCUUUUAUUAGAGUAUGCCUCUGGUGGAACGCUCUGUGGUCAUAUUGAUCGAUUGUACUCGUAUGGCGGUAGACUGCCUGAAUCAGAUGUUAAAAGAUUUACAAAGUGUAUUCUUGAAGGUAUUUAUGAGAUUCACAGGCAUGGUUAUGUGCAUUGCGAUUUAAAACCUCAGAAUGUGCUUCUUGUUUCUACUGAUGAGAUUGGUGUGUUUGUGCCCAAGAUUGCGGAUUUCGGGUUGGCCAAGCAAGUGGGGGAUCCUGAUUUCAUGGGUGGGACUUUAAUGUAUAUGGCUCCUGAGACAGCCACUGAUGAUAUUCAAGACUGUGACUGUGAUAUUUGGGCUCUGGGAUGCAUUGUUUAUGAGAUGCUGGCAGGGUCUCCUCUUUGGUACGGUUAUGAUUCGACGACUAAUGAACUCAAGACAUCGAUUGCAUACGUAUUGCCUGGAUUUCCAUGUGAGAUAUCGACAGAUGCGAGAAACUUCUUGGGAAAAUGUUUGGAUAAGAAUAAAAAAUUUAGAUGGAGUGCGGAGAUGCUACUGAAUCAUGCUUUCGUUGACAGGAUUCACUACUAACACACAAAUAUGUUAGACAAAGAACUGACCCUUAGAAACAAUUCUUUAGUUUUCAGAAAAUUGAUGUAAAAUUCAAAUUACUUAUCCUGCAAUUACAUAUUAUAUUCAAAUGAGAAUAGUUAUUAUGAAUUAUGUGUUCUUGAUUUA